CUACUUUGACAGUUCCAGUGGACUCGUCCGGCUUCGGGCUACGGCGCAUUCUUUACGUUGUGGGCGUGUUCCAGUUGAGGUCGGAGGUUGUUGUUGGUUCUAUUGUGUUGCAGUUUCGACGGACCAUCUUCGAUCCUCAAGAAUGAGCUCUCGCCAGUACUAUGCACACCAGUGUGUGCCGACUGUGUACGAUGCCGAACCAUUCGACCCGAAUGCGGAUGCAGAGACACUCAGGGCAGCGAUGAAGGGACUUGGAACUGAUGAGCAGACAAUUAUUGAUAUUUUGUCCAAGAGAGGAGUGGUGCAAAGAAUGGAAAUUGCUGACCAGUUCAAAACUCUGUAUGGAAAGGACUUGAUCAACGAGCUUAAAAGUGAGCUUGGUGGCCAUUUCGAAGACGCUAUUGUUGCGUUGAUGACCCCCUUGCCAGACUUGUAUGCCAAGGAGUUGCACGAUGCCAUCAGCGGGCUGGGCACGGAUGAAGAGGCCAUUGUCGAGAUACUGUGCACCCUCAGCAACUACGGGCUGCGCACAAUCAAGGCUGUCUAUGAAAAAGUGUACGACAGUUCUUUGGAGAGUGACCUAGCUGGUGACACAUCUGGACACUUCAAGAGAUUACUCGUUUCAUUGCUUAUGGCCAACAGGGAGGAGGGCCCGGACGCAGACCCGGGAGCUGCGGCGGCCGAUGCCCAGGCCCUGCUCGAGGCCGGGGAGAUGCAGUGGGGGACGGACGAGUCGACCUUCAACGCCAUCCUGGUGUCGCGCAGCUACCCGCAGCUCAGGAGCAUAUUCCAGGAGUACGAGAAGAUAGCUGGCCACGACAUAGAGGCUGCCAUCAAGCGCGAGUUCGCUGGCAGCUUGGAGGAUGGCUACCUGUCCAUCGUGCGAUGCGUGAAGGACAAAACUGCUUACUUCGCCAAGCGCCUGCACGAUGCCAUGUCCGGCUUGGGAACUAGCGACCGCACGCUCAUCCGCAUCAUCGUCACUCGCUCGGAGAUCGACCUGGGCGACAUCAAGGAGGAGUAUGAGAGGAUGUACGAGAGGAGUCUGCGAGACGACUUGGACCAGGACUGCUCUGGUGACUACAAGAGCCUGAUGCUGGCCCUUGUCAACUAGGCGCUCGUCGCGUUCCUGGCGGUCGCACGUAGAUGUUAGGUGCCUUGGUGCCGUGCACAACUGUUGCAGUGUUGCCUUCCGUACCGGCUUCUCAUUGGCUGUUCGCUUCGUGUAGUCUUACCGACCGUAAAGGGGUCUUUGUUAGGCUGGGUUCAUAAUUUUGAAAAAAUUGAGAGUACAUGGCAGGCCAUGCACACUACUGUGCAUGUAACCAGUGCCAAACUGGUUCACAUUGAAAUAUUACUUUUAAUUUUAGCCAGUGAAAUUUCACGAUGUAUGUACCUAUAAACAUUUGUUGGUAGUGUUAGUAAAUAACUAUUAACUUUCAAAUGAUUAUCCUGUGAUGUCUUAUUCAGUUUUACAACAUAUAAUUUAAUUUGGAUAAUGCCAUGUUUUUAUGUAACAAUUACAUAUAACCACUAAAAAUUUUUUGGCUAAUGUACAUUUGUCGCUAGUGACUUUUUGUUGGUAAUUUAAUUUAUUUAUUAAAGCAGGUAUUACCUAAGCUUCUAUAUUAUUUCUUGCCACAAUAUGAAUGCAGCAUAAAUGGUGCUGCCAAAUGACACCCUACACUUCUUCGUAAGAUUAAUAAAAUACGUUCAUUUCGCUACCAUGAAAGAAACCAUCCUGUGUGCUGUUGUGAACCAGUAAGUUCGAAAACAAGGCGGUCAAGUAUUGUAUACUCGGCUUUGUUGCUAUUUUUUCAAUUGUGGACCCAGCUUUUUAGUUGUGGAGCAACAUGUGGUAUGGUUAGUUGUUGCGAGGUUAGCUAGGGGUAACAUUCCAGUGCUGGCCGUAAGAGACUGAAUGUUCUUCCAGGCUUAAACAUGGAGGCCAUCUGGAACAUGUAGCUGAAAACUAAGUCAAUGUGGGCAGUAAAAAUUUGAGGACAAAUGUAUUUUGGAGGCUACCAUUUUUGAUGUAGCCAUAUUUUCCGCGCUGCAGUUAUGUUGUAGACAAUUGUUGGUCCUUGUUAAGGGUGGAAUGCCAAAUAAUAAAUUAUUUAUUGCAAUUAACUAGAUGAGCACUCUAGAUAAAGCUUGACUGUGGAAAUAUAUAUUAUGGAAAAAAAAUAUUUUAACUAAUUCUAUUGAGAGUAUUUGCUGAAAAUCAACUGUGGAUUAGCAUUUCUUUGGAUAGUGAUUAGAAUUAUUGUUCCUCAAAAUAAUUUGGGUACUUAAGACUUUUGCGAUAUUGCAGUAAAAAUUUGUUAUUGUAUUUGAAUUUUAUUUUAAAUAUGUUAUCUUGUUGCAACGAAACUGAAGCUUUUUAUGAUUUUGAUAAAAUGUUUGAUUGCUAUUUUUUUUUUCUAUUGGAAUUUAAAAUGAUUUUACGUGUAGUUGUAUCUGAAAAUAUUUAUGAUCUGUAAUUUUGAAUCUAAUAAUAUAUAAUUAAAUCUUUUUAUACAUACUUGGUGCCUAAGUUAUACAGGUGUUCAGAUUGGGUAUUUUAUAAACUUCACUGUAUCUACUGACACAACCUCACAGCAUAUUUUUUUCUUUGAAAGAUUUGUAAGCAUUGUGAAACAUUUAAUGUAUGUCUAGCUGGCUGUCAGCACCAUAUUUAGUGCAUAUUCUUUUUUUAAAAUAUUUGUUGCUGUUAAUAUUAGACAUAUGUAUGUGUAUAAACUAUUUUGGAUGUUAUUCAAGUUAAUACACUGGCAAUUUAGUGUAAUAUUUUUUAACGUGGUGUUUAAUGCAAAAGAAAAACAAGUGAUAUAUGUUCAUGAUUUGACAAUACAAUAAAUUUCACACCCUCCUACCUACUAUUUUAAUGCUUAUCUUUAUAAGCUGUUACUCUGGAAGUAACAUCACAGUGUCCGAGAAGAGACUUUGCCAACACCAUAAAGUAACAAUAGUGUGGAUCCAUGAUUAACAGGACCCAGAUGCUGGUUGCUACAAAAAAAAAAAAAACCUGUAACUGUAUGAACUAUAUUAAACAUGAAAAUUGUGCUGGUAAAUUUGGAACUGGUGUUACCCAAAAUGAGCAUUGAAAUAUUACCAAAACUAGGUUUUUGUGUAGAAUUUGUGGUCUUUUUUAAGUUUAUAUUUGUAUAUUAUUUUAAAUAGUAUUUGUAAUGUGUUAAGAAAAGGUGUCUGCAAUGGUUUUCCUAUAUAAUGUAGCACUGGUUAUUAUUGUUCUUUUUAUAUAAAAGUAUGGAAAUAAAGUUAUAGUGAUGUAAUUUAUCUCUGCACAGUAAUGAAA